UCAGCGUGAGAAUAGUUAUUUCCAUGAAACUAUCAAUGUACACAUGUGCUAUCUAUGGUAAACCCAUCUGUCAAACAAGAUACAUAUAACCUUACAAAAUAGUCUAUUUAGGUAGAAUUAAUAAAUUGAAAUUAAAUAUGUUGCGGACAAGUUUUAAAGAAAUACUGGUCAAACCAGAAAAAAGUAUUCGUUAUUUUUAUCGGUUUGUAUCUACUAAUUCAAACGAUGAUGAAGACGGUAUAAAAGAUAAAAAACCAAAAGAAGAAAUUAAAAAUAAUCCUGCCUUACAGAAACUAAAUGCACUUUUAAAGCAAAUGAUUGAUGAGGAUGUCGUGGCAGAUAAGUCUAAAAAGUCCACUGAAUUUGCACGUGCAACACGAAAAAACUUUAACAACGAACUAGCAGACAAGAAAGCUGAAGACUCAACCUCUAAACAACCAACUGAAAGUAAUCUCAAAUCGACUGUAAAAAAAGUUGCUGAAGUAAUAGGAGGAAAUCAGAAACAAACAGAAUCAGAACUUUUACAAAAAUUGUUGGUUACUGUUGCUGACCCUAAUAAACAACCUUCAAAAAGCUUAAGUGACAUAAUUAAGGGAAUGACAAUAGAUAGAGAACAAAAGCCUGCAGAGAUAUCUAGAGCUCAGCAAAUAAGACAAGUAAUUGGAUCAACAAGAUUGCAGGACAAAUCAGUAGUUAAUGAGAAAAUUCCUUAUAAAAAAAGAAUUCAAAAAUCAUUUGAAGCUACACAAUUGGAGACAGUUAACAUAUUUGGCAGCAGACCUUUAGGAAUUUUUAGUACUGAUAUAGACCAGGAGGGAGUACAAAACAAGAUUUGGGAUAAAUUAUAUAAGAGAGAGUUGCGACUUGCAGUAACCCAUCCUCCUGCAAAUUAUUUUCAGGAGAUGAUAUUGUGGACUGAACAGGGAAAACUUUGGAAAUUUCCCAUAGACAAUGAACAAGAUUUGGAGGAACGGGAUGUACCUUUUAUGGAACACAUAUUUCUUGAGAAGCAUUUAGCACCCUGGUGUCCAAAAAAAGGUCCUAUAAGGCACUUUAUGGAAUUGGUUUGUGUUGGAUUGUCCAAAAACCCUUAUUUAAGUGUUGAAGAAAAGAAGGGACACAUCAAAUGGUUCAAGGAUUAUUUUGCUGAAAAACAGAGACUUUUGAAAGAUGUUGGAGCAAUUCCUCAAGAAUUUGACAUAAAUAAAGAGGAUGUUCAAAAAAUCGAAGCAUAAUUUCUAGUAUUACAUUUUGUAAAUAUUAAAUAGGCACUAAUAAAUUUUUAAUUACUU